GCUUCAUAACUGGUGCCUGAUCGGUGUGAUCUGCAGCAUGGCUGACGAUGUCUAUGGAAACAGUGACUUCCAUCAACAAACUGGACAAAGAAAACACCAAGACAGGGAAAGAUACCAAGCUCCAGCAAGAGAUGACGAUAAUGAAGACGACUAUGAAAAUAUUGAAGAUUCUAUUGAGCUGGAGGAGAAAAGAACAAACCGAACGGAAGCAUUCAAAGAGGAACCAAAAGCACAGGCAGCCCAAGUUCACAAUGUCUGCGGAACCAAAUCGAUUGUGUUUCUCUACGUUCUGCUGAUCGCUAGCUCUGUGAUGUGGGCGACUCUGCUCUCCUUGCUGUUUGUGAAAUGCACUGCAGAAAUACAAACCCUGAAAACUCUCCUGACAGAAAAAGAUUCGGAAAUAGCUGCAGUACUACAGGACCUGAGAACCACACAGAAGACCUUGCAAGACAACGAUUCUCAGCUCUCUGCGCUGGUCACUAGCUUUGGAAAUGACAUGUCUCACCUAAUCAGUAAAGUGUGCAUCGAAACCUGCCCCUGUGAAUGGCUCUCGUUCAAUGAAGCAUGCUACUACUUCUCCAAGAAGCGCGCAAACUGGCACAAAGCAAAGGAGUCCUGCAACAGUAAAAACGCUUCCCUCGCAGUGAUCAGCAGCAACCAAGAGCUGGAUUAUCUGAAGAGCAGAAUAGGCUCCACUCAUUACUGGCUUGGAUUGAGUGAUUCUGAGACGGAAGGGAGUUGGAAGUGGCUGGACGGACGCCCAGUCGAGAAAAGAUUUUGGAAUUCUGGGGAGCCAAACAAUGCUGCAAAUAAUGAAGACUGUGGCAUAUUGACCAGCAGCAAGCUGAAUGACAUUCCUUGCAGCUCAGAAGAACACUGGAUUUGUGAAAUGAAGCUUUAAAACAAUCCUGAUUCUCUUAGGACACACAACGCCCUUCUGAGGAGCAAACUAGAAGGGUCUUGUAAUGGUCCUUGUAGAGAGUAUUGUGCGAUGAAACUUGAUGAGGUCAAACUUAAAAAACAAAGAAAAACAAUAGACAAACUGUAACAGUAGUUGUGCGCAGUCUCUUUAUUUUACUUUGAUUGCUGUUUUUCAACAAGUAGGCGAUUCUGUGCUUGUGACGGUCCGCAAUACUUCUUGACCUGCCCCUUCAACAUGUGAACAUUUCAAUUGAUAGAAGCAGGGUCGCGGGCAAUUGCUUUUUCUGAAAUCAAAUUAUGUUUUUUAAAAUCAAUUCCCGAUUCAAAUUACCAUUCCAGGAACUGACCCCCCCAUCCCUUCCCCCCCCAACCCUGUCUAGAAACGUUCAGUGCCAGUAGUUGUUAAGUUAUUAAAUGGCCCCAUAUUGUUUUGGAGAAUAACUUGUAUGCAAUGAUUUAAAGAGUGUAAGAUUUUACAAACAAUAAAGAUGCAUUUCCUAUGCAAUGUUUCUUCUGCCAAAGUGUAGUCAUUAUGAGUUUGUAUCACUGGAAGGUGGACUGGGGGGUUGCAUUAGUGUACAGAGCCCUAAUUAAAAUAUACUAGUGUACAGAACUCAAAAUAAAGUAUACAAAAUAACCAAAAAACUAAGUACACAAGACAAGGGGAGCCAGGGAGAUUUUAGGACAGUAAUCUAGGAGCUUCCCAUUCCUCCUGUGUUAGCGUCUAUAGGACAGUAAUUAUAUAUAUAUAUAUUUUAACUGUAGGACCGAUAACUUUUUAGACCACGGCUAUCUUAAGUUCACUCUGUAUUUGUGUGUUUUGCAGCACGCUUGAGAUUUGAAUUAGUUGGUUAACACUUAGUCAAGAUGAGUAGGGAUGUAAAAAAUAUAUUUUUUCACAGUCUAAAAAGAGGUACUUCAAGAUAUUUCCUGAUUAAACAUAAUACUUAUUAAAACAGAAAUGGAUCAUUUUCUCCAGAGUUUAUAUUUAAAUGCUGACCUGAAAAACAGUGAAUGUUAAAUUGUAAUAUAUGUUGUUUAUGUCCACCUUUCUUCUGCUUUUUCUGAGCGAGGUGUUGAUUUGUGGUUCAUGGUGCCUCCAAUAAACACUUCCUGUCGCUAUGUGAACUGCAGUUGUCGGGCGAGUGCUUCA